AGUCCCCAGCGGGAAGGGCCCGUCGGCCGCGCUAACAAAGGGCGUGUCCUAUAAAGGCGGCGGCGCGGGGCGAGGGCGCACCCGGCGGGCGGCAGCGACAACGACGGCGCGGGCUCCCGGCUCUGGGCGAGGAGGCGCGUUGACUCCGGGGGGACGGGGUGCCGCCGGCGCCGGGUGGGCCCCCGGGUGUCCCUCGCAGCUCCCCGAGACCCAGCCGCACUCGCCCCGGAGGACAGGGGUGUGACGGCGACUUGGUAGCAGCCGCCAAGUCGUCCCCGAGAGAGGACCUGGGGGCUUUGCGCCUGGCAGGAGCAGUGGCGCAGCUCUGCAGGAGCCAGGCAGGUUCCCUAGCGCGCUGGCCCGGCCACUUCACUAUGAUACGCGAUGCCAGGACACCGCAGAACAUCUCCGAAGGCCGCUUAGGUAGCUUCUGCGUCCAGGGCCUUUCCUCUUUCCCAUCUUAGGAACUCAGACAUGACCAGGAGGAUCUUCACAAACACCAGGGAACGAUGGAGGCAGCAGAAUGUCAACAGUGCCUUUGCCAAGCUGAGAAAGCUCAUCCCCACUCACCCUCCAGACAAAAAACUGAGCAAAAAUGAGACACUUCGCCUGGCAAUGAGGUAUAUCAACUUCUUGGUCAAUGUCUUGAGGGAGCAAGGCCUGCAGCCAACGGGAGUUGCUGCCCAGGGAGAUAUUCUGGGACUCUUCCCCCAAGGCCCCCAGCUGCCGGACAGGACUCUCAUUGGUGACUACCAGGUUCCCUCGCCCAGCCCAAGCCACUGCAUUCCAUAGUGUGGCCCUGGCUCUCCUCACCCCAGGCAGCCCUUGUUCAGAAGUGACUGCUAUUGACAGCCCUUUGCAUGUACGUGCCAGAGUCAACUUGAUGAAUAUGUGGGGAGGCAUGAGUUUCAGCUCCAUAGGAGGUGGUGCAGGGAUAACUGCAGAGAGUCAAAGGAGGCCAUGAGGAGUGUGGGUUUGGAGUUCCCCUCCCCGAGGGCUGCAGGCAGAACAGCCCAUCUCUGUAUGUUCUAUAUCUUCAGGAUCUACAUAAGAUAUUGUUUGCGAAAAAAAAAGAAAUUAUAGGUUAAACACAGGUUUGAAAAUAACUGUUUUACUCAAUGUUUUCCAUUUUAUAUAAGGAAGGGAUUUUUCAUAUAGUGGAUCUCAUAUGGAUGAGUAAACAUGCUUCACUCAGAACACAUUUUAAAGUUUGUUUUGAAAAAUGAGACAUAUUUAAUCAAGGAUGAACCAAAUAAGUCUUCAGGUCAAUGAAUAUGAAGGUAGUCCUUAUAGAAACCAACCCAGACACUGGUGGGAAAGUCUGUGGAGAAAAGACCUCCCGAAGGAGAAAAUCACAGGAACUCAGCAGAUUCGUGUGGAUACAUCUAUGUCCUUUAUCUCUACGGAAAUGUGAGGUGCUACUUGCAAAGAGCCAUUUAUAUACAUGUCAUCUCUCAAGCCAAAUGGUGGAUUAUAUCUGAGAGGAAAGGACUUGGUAAUUUAUAAAUUAGAGUUCAUGGUUUUCUCAU